AUGCUGUCCAUUUUACGCAAAGCUCGCUUAAAGGAUAAGGAAAUGCGGAUCCUGAUGCUGGGACUGGAUAAUGCGGGCAAAACCACUAUUGUGAAAAGGAUAAUGAACGAGGAUGUCACAACAGUCAGCCCAACCCUAGGCUUUAUUAUCAAGACAAUUGACUUUAUGGGAUACAAGUUGAAUAUUUGGGAUGUGGGCGGCCAAAAGACACUCCGAUCCUAUUGGAAAAACUAUUUCGAAAAGACAGAUACCUUGAUCUGGGUUGUGGAUGCAACUGAUCGACUCCGGGUGGGGGACUGUCGUGAAGAGCUGGCUGGUCUGCUGCUGGAAGAGCGGUUGAUGGGGGCGACUCUGUUGGUUUUUCUGAACAAGACAGAUGUUGAAGAAUGCAUGUCGGAAGAUGAAGUGCGAGAGAGGCUUGGUCUGGAUUUAAUCAAAACUCAUAAAUGGACCAUUCUUCCAUGCAGUGCUAUGACAGGGAGGAAUUUGAAUGAAGGGUUGGAGUGGGUGGUACAGGAUGCAAAAGACCGACUUUUCCUCUAUUAA